AGAAUAUGUUCUCAAAGCCAACAACUUUUCAUUUUUCAACAACAUAAUACUCACAGAUGAACCAUAUAAAUACGAAGCAUCACUUGUUGCAUUACAAUUUACAAUAGCUUAUAACGUUAAUUAACACGAAACACUUGCAAAUUUAGUACAACGUUGUUUGAAAGAAUAUGAAUCUCGAAGCUACGACUCUUGAAUCCGAUCUCGCUUUUCUCGAUUCAAUUCAACGCUACCUUCUCAACGACCACCACGACUUCAGUCCUCUCGCCGCUGUUUCUGCCGCAUCUCACGGCGUUGCUCCAUCUUCUCCCACCAACAGCGGCAGUACUAGUAGUGGUUCAACGUUAACAACUCUUCACUGUGACAUUGCCAACGCGCCUCUGAUGCAUCGUGAAACUCACGCGCCUCCUUGUUGGCAGAAGUAUAAGGGAGUGAGGCGAAGGCCGUGGGGAAAGUUUGCGGCUGAAAUUAGAGAUCCGAAAAAGAACGGCGGAAGGGUGUGGCUUGGGACUUUUCAGUCGGCUGAAGAUGCGGCUUUGGCUUAUGACCGAGCCGCUUUUAAUAUGCGUGGCUCAAAGGCUAAGGUUAAUUUUCCACAUUUGAUUGGCUCUGAUGUUUCAGAGCCGAUGAGAGUGACUGGUAAGCGGCGUGAGCUGGAGCAGUGUUCUUCAUCGCGGGUGGUUUUAGAGCCGAAAAGAAAAAUUAGCCGAGUCAGUGUCUAUAAUAAUACUUUAUUAUGAUCAUUUUACUCGUUGAUUUUUCUGUUAUUUUAUUUUUUUCUGUAAAAUUUUCAUAUUUUAAUUUUAUCAAUCAAUGUUGAUUUUGUUUUAA